AGUAUUUGGGGUGGCGCGCCUGUCGCCCGACUGUUCGCCGGUCUGAGGCUUCUGCAUCAGAGAUGGCAAGAGACCCGUAGCGGACUGCGGGGCCUGUCUGGUUGGGUACUUUACCGUGAACCGUCACGUUUGAGAGAGAGCCGCAGAGACACGCAGAGUGGGCAGGACGCGGGGCUCACGGAGGAACCAUGGGACACGGAGUAGGCUGAAAGAGGGUCAAGCAGCACACACCAGUUGUUUCCCACUGUGGUGUAUGACAUGGCCACAGCCUCAUCCAGAGCAGAGUCUAGCCAUAACCACAGAGGAACAUCACAACUUCAUGCCAUUGUUUCCUGUGCCAAGAUCAAGAGGAAGAAGAGCCUGUUUGGGACUUCCAUUUAUGUGGAGGUGACAGCGGAGGGGGAGUCGCGCCGUACAGUGAAGUCCCACAGCUCCUCCAGUCCUAAAUGGGAUGAGAGGCUAACUCUGAGUGUAACACCGCACACACAGGUGGAUUUCAAAGUAUGGAGUCACAACACCUUGAAAGCAGAUGCUCUGCUGGGCAAAGCCACACUGGACCUAUUGAAAGCACUGGAGCAGCAUGACAGAAAAUUGGAGAAUGUGAAGGAGGUGCUGAAGCUGAGUGUGGAGCAGAAGGGAGCCAUUGUGCCUGCGGGGGAGCUGACUGUCUACCUAGAUGGACUGACCGUUACCGACCAGGAGGAACCAGCACAGCUUACCAACGGCAAUACUGCAAAUGGCACCAAAGUCCAGCAGAAUGGUGAUGCCAUCCAUGAAAAUGGAGACUCAUCGUCCACUUCCUCAAGGGCUGCUUACAGCACGGUGAAUGGUACUGACUUGGACCCAAGAUCAGAGUCUUGUUCAGCCUCCAACGGUGUGGAUGCUCAGGUGCCUUCCACCUCCUGUAGCCCUGCCCUCGGUCACAUUCUCAAUGGAGACACCACACCCAACUCCACCCCAGUCCACCAGCCGUCAGACAGUGACACAGAAAGUAGGACCGUCAAUGUGGAGUCCUGUGACGUGGCUCUCGGGCCAUCAUCUGCUACAACGGGUGAUGUACUGUCUCAUGCAGACGACCACGAGGACUGCAGUGAAGAUGCUGUCCCGCCAGAAUCUGUCACAGCACCAAACAACACCUCUCAGCCUCAGCCACCCUCUGCACAGGCUCCAGCCCUCUCCUCUGCUGCUAAACCUCCUGAUAGCAAUGCUGUUGCUGCUUCCUCCACAGAAACACCAUCAGCCACAGGGGCCACCACCGCUACCACCACCACAGCCACCUCAUCAUCUUCCUCUCCCUCCCCAGCACUGGGAGAAGCAAAUGCUUCAGGAGCUGGUGGUGGUAGCCCUAGUAGCAGUGCCACUGAAACUACAGAUGGGGCCAAGCCCCAACAACAGACCCCCAAUACUGGAGCUCCAGAUCCUCUACCACCAGGAUGGGAGCAGAGAAAAGACCCGCAUGGGAGAACGUACUACGUAGACCACAACACCAGGACGACUACUUGGGAGAGACCACAGCCACUACCACCAGGCUGGGAGCGACGAGUGGAUGACCGGGGCAGAAUCUAUUAUGUGGACCACAACACCCGCACCACCACGUGGCAGCGUCCCACCAUGGAGUCAGUCCGCAACUUUGAGCAGUGGCAGAGCCAACGCAGCCAACUGCAGGGAGCUAUGCACCAGUUCAACCAGAGAUACCUCUACUCUGCAUCCAUGAUGUCUGCUGAGAAUGAUCCUCUUGGCCCGCUACCUCCUGGUUGGGAGAGACGUGUUGACUCGAAUGACCGAGUGUACUUUGUGAACCACAGCACCAAGACAACGCAGUGGGAAGACCCCCGAACUCAAGGGCUACAGAACGAAGACCCUUUGCCUGAAGGUUGGGAGAUCCGAUACACAAGGGAAGGGGUGCGCUACUUUGUGGAUCACAACACCCGAACCACCACUUUCAGCGACCCACGCACUGGAAAGUCCUCCGUCACUAAAGGCCCUCAGAUCGCUUAUGAGCGCAGCUUCAGAUGGAAGCUUGCUCAUUUUCGCUACUUGUGCCAGUCCAAUGCUCUCCCAAGCCAUGUGAAGAUCACUGUCUCCAGACAGACGUUGUUCGAAGACUCUUUCCAGCAGAUCAUGGCGCUCAAGCCUUACGACUUGAGGAGGAGACUGUACGUCAUCUUCAGAGGCGAGGAGGGUCUCGACUAUGGUGGCUUAGCCCGAGAGUGGUUCUUCUUGUUGUCCCAUGAAGUGCUGAACCCCAUGUACUGUCUGUUUGAGUAUGCCGGUAAGAGCAACUACUGUCUGCAGAUCAACCCAGCGUCGGCUAUCAACCCGGACCACCUCUCCUACUUCUGCUUCAUAGGCCGCUUCAUCGCAAUGGCACUUUUUCACGGCAAGUUCAUCGACACAGGCUUCUCUCUGCCUUUCUACAAACGCAUGCUGAACAAGAAGCUCAUCCUCAAAGAUCUCGAGUCCAUUGACCCAGAGUUCUACAACUCACUCAUAUGGAUCAGGGACAACAACAUUGAAGAGUGUGGUCUGGAGAUGUACUUCUCAGUGGACAUGGAGAUCUUGGGAAAGAUCACCUCGCAUGACCUCAAACCUGAUGGCUCCGACGUCCUCGUCACUGAGGAAAACAAGGAGGAGUAUAUCGGUCUGAUGGCAGAGUGGAGGUUCUCCCGUGGGGUCGAAGGUCAGACCAAAGCUUUCCUGGAUGGCUUCAAUGAGGUGGUUCCACUGCAGUGGCUCCAGUACUUUGAUGAAAAGGAGCUGGAGGUGAUGCUGUGUGGCAUGCAGGAGGUGGACCUUCAAGACUGGCAGAGGAACACAGUGUAUCGUCACUACACCAGGAAUAGCAAACAGAUCAUCUGGUUCUGGCAGCUGGUGAAAGAAGUGGACAACGAAGUGCGCCUGCGGCUCAUGCAGUUUGUCACUGGAACCUGCAGGCUUCCUUUGGGCGGCUUCGCUGAACUCAUGGGAAGCAACGGGCCCCAGAAGUUCUGCAUUGAGAAGGUGGGGAAGGACACGUGGCUUCCUCGGAGCCACACGUGUUUUAACCGUCUGGACUUGCCUCCCUACAAAAGUUUUGAACAGCUGAAAGAGAAGUUGCUCUUUGCCAUCGAGGAGACGGAAGGAUUUGGCCAAGAAUAGAGGAUGGAGUCCUUGUCUCUUUCUCUCCUUCCCCCUUUGCUGUUUAAUCAUUCAAGUUAAACAGACUAAAUAACAUAAUUGCACAAGAAACCCACCAAUGUAUAUAAGCUAUUUUCUCAUUUAAAACCAAAUUUUAAUUUGCAGCAUUGAUUUUGCUGCGGUCCCUCAUAUAUUAUAUGAUACCCCAUCGUGAAAUAUGCAAGGAUUUAAGCAUUUUAUUUCCGCCUCUGAUUGAAAACAGAAGUCUUGGAUAUUUUUUAAUUACCUCUCCACUGCUGACUGGCUUUUUAAAAUGGACUGAAGGCGUUUUUGAGAGGAUUUUAUAGUAGAAGCACAUUCUACUUCUAAAGCUCUAGUUCUAUAGAGCUUAUAAAAUGUAAGAGUAGAAUUGGGGUCUGGUGCCUGAAUUUCUUUAUUUCCCUGUUGGACCCAUAGUAAUUGUUAGUUGUUGUUUUUGUUUUGUUUUUGCUUGAUUGCAUGGCUGCCUGGGACGAUGACCAUCAUCACCACCACAGAUACAGACAUGUAGAAUGGAUCGCUCUGUCUCUGAAUGAGCUUUUUUUAGCUUCCUCAGCUGAAUGUGUUCAGGAUGGACUGAAGCAGAGGAGACUAACCCUCAGUGGUUGUGAACACUAUUGUCCUGUUCGGGAUCAAAACAAGACUGCAGUGUAAAGCUCCUGCAUAAAAGCUACUCUAUCAAAAAUGAAUAGGAAAAGGAAAAUAUUCUAAAUUAAAAUAUGAAAGUGUGUGUUUCUGCUCGUGUGUCUGUGUGUGGGGUCAGUGGAGCGUGUGGUCUGGAUGUUAAAGCUAGAGACGCUGGACUUUUUCCAGGCCACCUAGACAGCAGCCUGCUGCUUCAGCUUUGCAAACAAUGCACACAAUGAUAACAGGAACCGCAGCUUUUUAUUUAAACAACGAGCCGAGAAUCAAUCAGAGGCUAAAAACUGAUUGAGUGUCUCAAUUGUUGAACACUUGGCGGAUUCUUUUUUGUUGCCUCUUGGAGUCUGGAUGUGUCUCCAGGCUGUGGUUUACAGAGCACCAAACAUAGAAAUUACAUUUACUUUUACAUUUCCGCUGGAGGUAUCAGGCUAGAUGAUGAAUUUAACCAUUAAUAUAAAAGGAAACAUGAUUAUUUUGAUUAAGUCCCAAAAAAGGCCAUCUAUGCAUUCAUUAGAAUGUUUUCCUUUCUCUACAUCUACAUGUGUACUGAAAGGAGCUGUAGUCCCCUUCUUGGAUAUGAACUCCUGGCAUGAUUACAAAAAUAAGUCCUUAUCAAGUCAGCUGAUGACCUCGAUUGUCACUGUUUGUUUAAUAAACCAUUUAAUCGACACUUACGUGCCACAGACCAGACAGUGUGUGUGUGUGUGUGUGUGUGUGAGAGUGAGAGUGUGGAAUCAUUUCACAGUGGAAGCCUGAGGAUGCACUGUAUCAAUGUGCAUUGUGUGUUUUUUGGUCAUGCUCCGCCUUUAUAUGGUGGCUGGUACAUCUCAAACGAGGGAUCCGAAUGCAAAAGCCACAACACAACUGCAGAAGUGACAACAUUCAUCAAGCCCAUUUCCUUGUCAACAUCCAUUGUCACUCACUUCUGAUUUGAUUUUUUUUUUUUUCUUAGUUGUGUAGCUUUUGUGGUUGUGUUGUGGGGUUUGCAUUCCUGUUUUCCUUUAAUGUGCUUGUGUGAGACGUCUCGGCCACCAUACCUUUCUCUGCCUGAUCCUCUUUUCCACUAAUGUUUCAGGGGACAUGCUUUUUUUUCUUUUGAAAUGUCAAGCCUAACUCCAUUGUUUUUAAGUGAGAACUCUGGUGUUUAUUCUUUCUGUCAGCGGUCUAAAACAAAAGGAAAAACUGAUUUGUCAGUGGCAGGCCAUUCUCCUUGUUUUCUACAGCAUCGUGUUUCUCCGGAUCACUGCAAACAGCAGCAAGCUGCUUUAAUGCUUUUCUAGAAGGGGGCUUGUGAUUAAAGUCAAGUUAUCAGUCUUGUAUAUAACGUGAUGAUGAGCUGUCCCUGAGGAAGAGCAUCGAGGAGGAUGAGGAGGGGACGCCUGUGUCAAGACAAACAUUUACUGUAGCAAAAGGAGCCGACUUUUAAAGAGAAUUCAAGCCGCAUAACUUUGUGCUUCCUUUUGAACAGAAACCUGUAAUCAAAAAAAUCAACUGUAUGUGAAUAUUCAUUGUAUAAAGAUAAUGAAAGUAAAUAAAGUACUUAAAUAUUAUAAUUAAUUACACAGAGCCACCACUCCAUUGAUGGAAAUCUGUGAUGCCUUUGAUCUUAUCAGAAAUAGAUGGGAUGUUUCAGGUAGCCUGAUCACAGCCAGGAAGUAGGCGUCACGUGACCUGGAGCGGUGCAGCUGUUUCAAGACGACUGUUUCCUCGGCCGAGUGUGGGACAGUGCAGCAGGUCACCUGAAACUCGUCCAGACUGUAACAUAUCGCGUGUAGAUACACACUGUAAACACCACCUACACUGUACAGAAUGCCCCUUUACUGGAGACGAUGUGUAUAGAAGAUUCAUUUUUAAUCUGCUUUCACCCAUUUGAAAUGAAGAGAGAUGGAUUUAUGAGAUACAAAUAAAUAAGUGAAUAAACUCCCCUCGA